UAGAAAAUCUAAUCUUUGCGUCACCGUUUCAGUUCUUCUCUCUUCUCUCUAGGGUUCUUCUUCUUUUACAAGCUUUCACUAAACAUGAGUCGUCAUCCCGAAGUGAAGUGGGCCGAGACCACUGACAAGAUUUUCCUCACCGUAGUGUUAGCAGAUUCAAAGGAGACUAAAGUUAAUCUUCUCCCAGAAGGAGUGUUUGAUUUCUCUGCUAAAGCUGGACCUGAAAACCAUGUCUAUGAACUUAAACUCGAACUUCACGACAAAGUCAAUGUUGAGGAAAGCAAAAUCAACGUUGGAGACAGAAGCAUUUUCUGCAUAAUAGAGAAGGCAGAGCCUGAAAGGUGGGACAAGCUAAUCCGUGGAGGGAAAGCGCCACACUAUGUCAAGGUGGAUUGGGACAAGUGGGUAGAUGAGGACGAUGAAGGCAACGCUGGUGCCGGAGAUAUGGAUAUGGGAGGAAUGGGUGGAAUGGAUUUCUCGAGCUUGGGUGGAAUGGGUGGUAUGGGUGGUAUGGGUGGAAUGGGUGGUAUGGGCGGUAUGGGUGGAAUGGCUGGACUUGAAGGUCUUGGCGGCAUGGGUGGACUUGGUGGUAUGGGCGGACUUGAAGGACUUGGUGGCAUGGGAGGCAUGGGAGGCAUGGGAGGCAUGGGUGGAAUGGGUGGAAUGGAGGAGUUUGAAGACAGUGACGAUGAAGAAGAAACAGCACAAUCUGGGGACAAGAAAGAUGAAGCUGUGAAAGAGGAAGCCAAAGCAGGAGAACAAACAACAUCAGCUAAGGAAGACAAGUGA